UGUCUACUCAUGUCAUCAAAGCCAGGAGUGAAAAGUGAUAAUGCAUAAGCCGGUUCUUCCUGUUAUGACGAACUUCCAGUGGUAUAAAAGCGCGACGAACACCUUCCGUUUUCACAUUUCACCGUCACUGGCACUCCAAGAUGGUCCUCCUACAGGCACUGACAGUUGCCCUUGCAACAACUUUGGCUUUGUCACUUCCACAAACGGAUGUAUCCCGGUUCUCAGGCUUACAGAUUUCUCAGGAGGCGCCUGGUAUUACAAAACUCCAGGAUAUCGACCCCAAUCUUUCCUUCAAUUAUAAAUAUGCAGUGAAGGAUGAUGAGACAGGCGACGAGAAACAACACGAAGAAACUCUGGAUAAUGGUGUCUUGGUUGGUUCAUACUCCCUUGUUCAGCCUGAUGGAUCGUUGAGAACUGUCAAUUAUCGUGCUGAUGGUCAGACAGGCUUCCAGGCUGAGGUGAAUUAUCGCGCUGGUUACUCUCAACCCAUUGAUUCCUUCUCUAGCCAAGGAGCCUUUACAGGUGCUGAUUCUUCUGCAAGGUUUGGAUCAAGUGCAUCUAGUGGAAGUUCCUCUGGCUCAAGAUUCAGUGGCUCAAGUUCUGGUGCAAUUGGAUCCUCUGCUGCCUCUUUUUCCCAAAGUAACUCUGCAUCCAGCUUUGGUGCAGCUGCAGGUGCUGGACAGUCUGCAUCCAGUUUUGGUGCAGCUGCUGGUGCUGGACAGUCUGCCUCCAGCUUUGGUGCAGGUGCAGGUGCUGGACAGUCUGCAUCCAGCUUUGGUGCAGGUGCUGGACAGUCUGCAUCCAGCUUUGGUGCAGGUGCUGGACAGUCUGCAUCCAGCUUUGGUGCAGGUGCAGGUGCUGGACAGUCAGUCAGUGGGUCAUCAUUUGGCAGUGUAGGCUUAAGAGGAUCUCAGUCAGGUUCACAAAGUUCAUCAUCCUUCGGCAGUAGUUCAAGCUCCCGUGGUUCAGCUGCUGGUAUAUCUUCUGGACUGCAGGGCUCCUUUAUUGGAAAUCAAAAUAAUCGUGGUUCAGCAUCAUUCAGUGGUAACUCUGCUUCUCUUUCUUCUGGCAGUGUGUCUUCAGGAUCUCAAGGUUCUUUUAGUGCUGGCUCUGUUGGAAGCCAAGGUAGCAGAGGUUCAGCAUCCUUCAGUGGUAGCUUGGGUACCCGUGGUUCAGCUGCUGGUGCAUCCUCUGGAUUGCAGAGCUCGUUCAUUGGAAGUCAAAACAACCGUGGUUCAGCAUCCUUCAGUGGUAACUCAGCUUCCCGUGUUUCAUCGAACAGUGUUUCCUCGGGAUCACAAGGCUCUUUCAGUGCAGUUGUUUCCAGUGGAAGUCAAGGCACCCGAGGAUCAGGAUCUUUUGGCAGUAACUCUGCUUCACAGGGUGCACUUAGCAGCAUUGCCUCCGGAUCACAAGGCUCUGCUUUCAUUGGUAGUUCCAGUGGCAGUCAAAACAACCUGCAGUCAACAUCUUUCAGCGGUAAUGUAGGCUCUAGUGGUGCCUCUGUCAGUGCCCAAGGAUCACAGAGCUCUUCUUUUAGUGGCAGCUCUAGAGGAAGCCAAAACAACCAGGGCUCAACUUCUUUUGCCAGCAAUACAGGUGCUCAGAGCUCUCGCUUCAGCAGUGGCAGUCAAGCAGGUGCCCAAACUUCCUCAUUUAGCAGGGGGUCAAGUGGAACUGGAGCGAGUGGUGCUCUUUUGGGGGCAGUUAAUAGCCAAGGAUCACAGGGUUCCCAGACUAGUGGACUCUCAUUCAGUGGUGAUUCAUCCAGGGGCCAGUUUAGCUCUUCUUCAAAUGUAGGUGGUUCUGCUUCUAGGAACCAAGCACAGACUGGUUCAUCAGGAUUCUUCAGUCAGACAGGGUCCACUAGUGGCUCUGGAUCAAGUGCCAGUUCUUCUGCAACACUAAGCGGUUCUUCAAAGUCCUCAUCCAUUGCAGGACACAGUGACAUUCAACAAGGUUCUCCUGUUUUCCAUUCCUCAUCAUCAAGAAACACUUUCAGUUCAGGAAGCAGCGCUCAGUCUAGUCAACUUGCAUCCGCACAGUCCGGUGGACUCUCAGCAAAAAACACUUUCAGCUCGGGAACAAGCGUUCAGUCGGGGGGGUCAGCUUGCAUCUUUACAGUCUAGUGGAUUCUCAGCUUCAUCCACUGCUGGUCAGACUGGACAAGCCUCUCUCACAUUUCAAAAUAACGCCAAUAACCUUCAGAAUCAAGUGGGUUCUUCCAUCGGUUCUAGCACUGUAGGAGGUUCUGUCAGUGCAGGUGGUGCUGUAAGUGGUUUUAGCAGCUCAUCGCAGUCAUCAUCUAGAUUGAAUAAUGAAAUCAUCUCAGGCUCACUUUUUGUCACCAAUGAGAAUUUAGAAGGAAUUGAUGCUGUUGAGCUUGCUCAGAAUGGAUUUUCAGGAGAUGCUUUUGCAUACAAGCUUGUCCCAGUUCCUAUUAGGCAGUAGGAGACAAAAGAUUUCCUUUCUCAUAAGAUCAGUGUGUCCUUAUGUAAGAGGUCAUUUGGCUUCAUUGCUUUCAGACGAUGUUUUAAAAUUUCAGUAUAGUUAUGAAGGCCUCUAGUCAGUUUUUAAUUGAAUUGUCAUUAGUUAAAUUUGUGUUGCAAAAGAUGUGACUGUGAAAUGUGCAUUACUAUUGGAAUAAAACUAUUAAAUUUA